UGUUUAUAUCUAUUUAACAGUCAUUCGUAACAUGUGCAAUAUGUAGACCUCAAUAUUUGGGAUUCAUAUAACAGCGCUAUAGUAGUGGUAUGCAUCAGACUGUGAAGUAAUAGAUUGUAUGCAUUCCAUAGAUAACAUUGUUAAUAUCAACUUUGGAGUAUAUAAAGACAGGGUUUAGUGGCGACUGCUGUUAUGGUAAUGCAGGACGUUGAGAAAGCAAUACUAUAUAACACUGCUUAUUGGUAGCUGCAAUGGGUAAAGGCGCUGUUCAUAUUACGGGCUCCAACUUUGCAAUCCGACGCCGCUUGCGAUGGGAUAUUCUGGACCGUAUGCGUAAACUGGUGCAAAGCGGGACUUGCGAACGCCCUAGAUGGCUGGAAUGGGUUGAACGUGCUCCGCCACUGGAAACCAGGAAUAUGUUACAUACCGAUAGGGCAGUACGUAAUCCGUACCUGCCGCUAAUAGACACUUUGCUAAGGAAGUACCCACACCUACGGUUUGAAGGGUGCUAUAAUCCAGCCAAUCAGUGGCAAAAGGGAUUGGAUAACUACACUGCGGAUCAUCCCGUAAUGCAAUUUGUUGGUAACCAGUUGCAUUUGAUGAAUCGGGGAAUGUCCCAAAAGGAGGCUUUCGAGAAGACUGAACGUAUGUUUUACAAGCGUCGCAUGGAGUCUGAAGCCGAUAUCAAGGUUGCUAUGGCACUGGGUGUUGACGAACACGCAGCGCCCAAAUAUACCACUGGUUACGCUUAUGUACAUGCUAAAAUCGCACAAGAACGUGGCAUGUUCCUGACUCACGUCCGGGAUGAGUUGCGGCGUAUGAAGAAAAUAGCAAUGCAGAAGAAUCAGAAAAGGAUUGACGGCAGCACGAAGAAGGAUUCACAACAUGGAAUGAGUGACGGCAUGAUAAGGCCAGUGGCUGGUAAUGGAACUGUUUCAGCAACAGCUCACGAAAAUCGAGUCGAAGAUACAUUAGAGUCUACCUGCCAACAAGUGUCAGUACCAGCCACGGAGCAUAGGAACAAGACAACACGGGGGGGGAAAGCACGAAGUAAACACCGAAAAAACUGAAGAUCAAAUGUGACCUAUCUCAAAGUAUCCUUUAAAAGGCACCAACUCCACGCUCCUUGAAUAUAGAUACUAUUACACCUUGCCACGCGGGAACCUAAAUCGUGCUCCUUGGAAG